CAUCCAAGUUCACGCUCCUUGCCGACUCUCCUCGAUUAACUUUGACCUUUUGCAAAAGCAGGCGAGAUUAGACACAGGAGGUGGGCAAAUCUAAUUGAUAAAAGGACAAUGUGACAGACAAAAAAAGACCGAAUGUGCUAGCCUGACGACUCAAACUGAAAUAUUAUGCUGCUCUGUCGUUCGCUAAAUAGUUUUUUCCCUCGUCCGUGGGCGUGGCGUAGCGUAGCGUUUGGCCGGAGUAAGGAGUCUGGGUAGCCAGGCAACAAAUGUGCAGUAUUCAUGCAUCGGAUUUGAAACAGCGGCGUGCAGCUCGGUUAACUGGAGGAGAAAACGGACAGUACCUUUCCCGAAAACAAUGAAGACGGGCACAUUUCUUAGGAUCCCGUUCUAUUCUAGAAGACACAUGGACUAAAAGAAAUAGGGGCACCAGGUGAGGCCCUCUGGCUGUCCUCUCUGCUGAGACCUGACUGCUGAUUGGAGCCGGCCUGGUGUUCGUAUAGGUGUGUGUGAGGAGAUGAAGUCCAGUAUGCGUCAGUGGCGGAGGCUGGUGUUGGUGGGCAUGUUGGCAUGGGCCCUCCUCUUCCUGGUUCUGCUAUCCUACUUCCUAGAUGCCCGCGUGGACAACGAGGCCCUGACCUCCGCCGGCUCCUCGCUCUCCCAGCAUCCUGACACACGGCGCUUGUCUUCCAUCCAAGCCGCCUCCCAUCAGCAGCACCACUCCAUCAUGGGCUCCCGACCCGAACCCGCCUACACCACCUUUAGCACCAUCUACCCAGACCCUAACUCUAACCAUUACCCAGACUCCGAAGCAGAGCCUAGCCCCACUUUCACCACCCCAGAGCCUGGCCUGGAGCUGAGCCAGAGCUCAGACAGCGGUCCCUACGGGACCAGCCAUGAGGGGGAGGGGGGCAGCCGACAGCAGCAGGACUACCUGGACCCCCAGACCCUGGCUGCAUGGUCCUCCUUUGGCACGGAGAAUGUGGGUUCCCACUCUGACCAGGCGGUGACCCGCAGGCGUGAGAGAACCGCCUGGACCCCCUCCGAUGCUGACUGGGGGCCCAACCGAACCAAGCGCAGAUCCUCACGUGAGGACGAAGAGGAGGAGGAGGGGGUUCAGACGAAUAACAGCCACAGGAGGAGGACCACAGUGUGGGGGCGUAGGGGGAAGAGAGAUGGGUGGGGAAAAGAGGAUGAUUUAGAGGAGUACUACUUCUCCAAGUCGGCCUCGGUGGUGCAGCGACUUUGGCGGGGAAGUGUCUCCUCUGGAAUGCUGUCCCCGCGGCUGCAGCGCGCUAUGCGUGACUACCUGAGCGCCAACAAACACCACGUGACCUAUAAAGGAGGCAGACGGGCCGCCCAGAGCUCCAGGGAACUGCUGUGUGAGCUGAAGGACCAGGCCAGGCUGAGAACACUGGACGGGUCCGAGCAGCCCUUCUCCUCGCUGGGCUGGGCCCAUCUGGUGCCGAGCCUGGCCCUGGAGCAACUCUACAGACAGGGGGGCCAGAGGGGCUUCAGGAGCUGUGCUGUGGUGACCUCUGCUGGGGCUAUUCUGCACUCAGGCCUGGGGAAGGAGAUCGGUGAGUGA